UCAUACUGGUGCGACUCAGUGUGAUUUACGUGGUGCCGAGCGUUUCCGGCGCUCUGUAGUUUCUGGAGUGGGUAAAAUGGCGGAGGCAGGGACGCAAGUGUGGGUUCGCGGCCUCGGUUUUGGUUGCAAGGCGGUGUUUUGUGACACAGCACGGUGCUCAGUACGGGAUGUUAUCCACCGAUACUGCCAACAUCUGAAUGUGCCUUUGGAAUGCUUCUUUGUGAAAUGCGAUGGAACCCUCAUUAGCACCAGUGGCCCAGUACAGCAUGGAGCCGUUUAUAGUCUGGAACCUAGACUUUGCGGUGGGAAAGGAGGUUUUGGAUCUAUGCUCCGAGCACUUGGGGCUCAGAUUGAGAAGACAACCAAUCGAGAAGCUUGCCGGGACCUCAGUGGAAGGAGAUUGCGAGAUGUCAAUCAUGAAAAAGCAAUGGCUGAUUGGGUAAAACAGCAAGCUGAGCGGGAUGCUGAGAAGGAGCAAAAGCGCCUAGAGCGACUGCAGCGGAAGCUCGCAGAGCCCAAGCACUGCUUCACCAGCCCUGAGUACCAGCAGCAGUGCCAGGAGAUGGCCGAGCGCCUGGAGGAUUCUGUCCUCAGAGGUAUACAAGCUGUCUCCAGCAAGAUGGUAUCAGCAGAAGUCGGUGAUAAUCGAAAACGGCCGAACAAAUCUCAGACAGACCAUGGAGUCAGUGCAAAGAGAAGGAAAUGCUUUUGGUUGAGCAUGGAAGGACUGGAAACUGCCAAGGAGUCUAGCUCCGAGAGUUCAGACGAUGACAGUGAAGAAGCACCUAGUACUUCGGGAAUGAGCUUCUCCACUCCAAAAUGCAGCAGAGAUCAUAUUGAAGUGGCAGCUGAGUAUCCCAACAGGGCUCAAAGGGCAAGAGAACUGACACCAGACUCUGAGUCGUCAGAAAAACAACAGGACCCUGCGACUGACCUUAGAAAGUGUAUUUCAGAGGACACGUGUGCUGAACUAGGACAGACAUCUGUUGAGGAACACAGGCAAGAAGAGAUGGUUAGAGGAACAGAGGCGACCUGGGAGAAAAAGAAGGCAGAGCAUCAGGAACCCGCAGAAGAGGUAGCAGCUGGGACUGUACUGAAUAAGGAUAAAGAGACAAAAGAAAUGAUUGAUGGAGAAGGAACUGCCACGGUAGCUCCUGGAGAAGAUAGGGGGUCCAUCCCUGUUGCAAAAGUAGAGGACACUGCAUCAGGAAACACAGGCCUUACUGAGGACGGUCUGGAUCUGCUGGCGUUCAGCUCUGCAGCUGACCUGGAGCUGCUGGGCUUGGAGAAGCUGAAGUGUGCGCUGCAGGCCCUGGGCCUGAAGUGUGGAGGCACGCUGCAGGAGCGCGCAGCCAGGCUCUUUUCCGUCAGGGGACUGGCCAGGGAGCAGAUGAAGCCAGUGCUAUUUGCCAAGCCUGUAAAAGGGAAGAAGAAAUGAAUUCUGUAUAGAUUCUUACUUGUAACCUGUCUCAUAUGGACUCAUGACCAGUAUUACCAUUAAUAUUAAAGGCUCAUAUUUAAUAACCCAA